CACAUUUGCUGCCUCCUAUUCCUGCAGUGAAUAACUAAGCAGCCUAAGUACCCAGAGAAGACGAAGAAGAGAGGAAAUCAUCGCCGCUGACAAUGGUGAUGCACAGAUUCCUGUAUCUCGUCUUGCUGCAAUUUGGGUUGUACGUUCACUGCUAUUUGAUGCAUCCAAACUACAGGUAUGACCAGACAUCUAAAUCCAGCAGAAGCGUAAAUCUUCCAGUGCUGGAGAGAAGCCCCAUGCAAGACUGGUUACUAGACGAGGCGCAGGAAUUUGUUCGAGGUCUUUCGGAGAAAAGGAUGGAGAGACAUGUAGAUGCUAUAUUCACCAACACCUAUAGAAAAUUCCUGGGACAGAUUUCGGCGAGAAGAUAUCUGCAGAACAUGAUGGGGAAACGGCUAGGACAGGACGACUUAGGAGAUAUAUACCCAAAUGAGGGUGACCUAAGUAAGAGGUCCCUAAGGGAUACACUUGCAUCAGUGCUGACGAACCUAAAAAAACCUGCAUGGAGGGCCGAUCAGCCUCAGCCAUCAUAGUGAUCGGUGCGGAUUGCGUCCAUCCAACGGAGGCCCCUAAGAGAAGAUACCAGCAGAAUCGGAUACACGGCUCGCCUGAAGAAAGUGUUAUGUUUCCUGUGCAGUUCACACUCCACUUUUUUCCACUGGGUUAUGUAUUACGUGUAAAUUAAUUUAGUAAAUAAAAUAAAA